AAUGUGGCCUCAGUUCCAUUGGUCAACGGCCUGGGCAUUGGUCUAGGCAUGUUCAUUUGGGGUUCAGUUCAGGUUACGGUCGGCUGGUGUGUAGCGCGUUUUGGCCUGUUCGGUACCAGAGCUCAACCGGUCUACAAUAACGCCAUGAAUAUCACUGGCCUGGUGCUCACACUGAUCAGUGGAGUCAUUUUUUUCCUGGUCAAACACGAGGAUUCUGGACGAACUGCUGCUGCUGCUGCUGCAGAUAACGCCGCCGCCGCCAUUACAGCAACAGAAAGCACCGAGAUGGAAUCGGAUGGUAGUGAUAGUGCCACUACAGACAAGUCGGAUGCCGAACUGCGGAACGACGAUAGGCAACAUCAAGCUUCUGCCCGACAAAAUAACACGAAUCUGGCGAUCGCUGAAUCGCGUGUGCAAGGGCACGGGCAGUCGCACGAUACUCGACGAUACGCCAUAUUCCACCAGCAAAUCAGCACGAAAAAACUCGUGUCAGUUGCUCGGAAUUUUCCGUCGUCCAUUGAAAACUUGAAAAUUUUGAAAAAUUCCGUCAAUGUUGUGAUUAAGGCUUAA